GGCCGUUGGCUCUGCCAUUGGCUGGAGUGGCGCUCGCUUCCUCCCCAAUUGGCUGGGAAGGCCUGAGGCAGCCUUUGCCAGGUAAGAGUACCUCCCACUGCAGGACAGGUGAAGAUUGGGAUUCUUAAGGCUACAGAGCACCUGGAUUCCUCAAGAUCAGGAAGAGCAGGCAUGCCUCGGAACGCCUGAUUGUUGCCUUUCCAAAAACUUGUUUUUCCUCUCUGAUUUGGGUUUCGCAACUCGGCAAGGUGGGAGAGGGGCACACAAACAGGAUGAGCGGCAGUGGGCUUGUCGCAAGCUCCCCAAUGUCUGAGGAAAGUGUAGCUUUUACGCCCUUGAAGCCCGUUGCGAUGGCGAGGGAAUGCAGUGACGACAUGGCCGUCUUUGAAGACAUCAAGCCGCCUGUACGAAUCUUGGAGAAUCAACAGGAUUUGGCCCAGGCAAGGAGCGAGAUGGACAAGUACCUCUCUGGCCAAAUGCCCCCCACACCGAUGGCAACAGACAAGAAGUAUCGCCGGGAAAGCGCCUCCGUGGUGGACGAGUAUUUCUCCACCGAAAAGCCUCCGUCGGCACCCUAUAGCGUCAACAUCAACGUGAUCCUUCCAGACACCACGCACCUGCGCACAGGAAUCUACCGGCCGGCUAAGCCCUCGAUGCCCUUUCCCCAGAUCAAAAUGGAGCCCAGCCCCUGCUUUGCUCAGCCCUGUCCUGUCAGCAGCGGGCCAAUCCAGACCCUGCCGGACUUCACCAGCGUCUUCAGCGUGCCACAGUCCGUGGCCGCUAACAGCAUCUUUGUCAAACAAGAGCUGCCCUGCCCCGAAACCCCCCAUUUGAUCAGCCCGCAGCCAGGCCUGCUCUACCAGCUCUCGGGGGAGAUGACUCCCGCGGCCCCCUCUACCUGUGGUGCCACGGCCGCCGGCAGCAUCCACGGGGUGGGCAUGUCUACUGGCAGCUCCAUGCUGGACUCCAGGGCCCUUGCCCGGCCCCUGCGGCCAGCAGGACCGCUCAAGUCCUUCCCAGCGGCCUCCCAAGGCCUCAGUGGCUUCAGUGUGCCGGAGGAGUUCUACCCCGUCCCAGCAGUGAGCCUGCCCCCUUCGCCCCCCAACUCACAGCCCGGCAGCCCCGAGAACCAGCCUGAGCCCAUCAACACCAUUUCACCUCCACCCCCCUAUGAGGCCACGUUUGGACUGAAACUGGCGCCCCCAGGACACAUCGCCUCUGGGCCCAGCGCCCUCAAGAGCAUCGCGCAGGGACACCUCAUCCUGCCAACCCCCAAGUUCAACCGGAGGAACAAUCCAGAACUGGAGAAGAGGAGGAUCCACCACUGUGACUAUCCCGGGUGCACCAAGGUUUACACCAAAAGUUCACACCUGAAAGCUCACCAGAGGACUCACACUGGCGAGAAGCCCUACCGGUGCACCUGGGAAGGCUGCGACUGGCGCUUUGCCCGCUCGGAUGAGCUCACCCGACACUACCGCAAGCACACCGGAGCCAAGCCCUUCAAGUGCCUGGCCUGCGGCCGCUGCUUCUCCCGCUCAGACCACCUGGCUCUGCACAUGAAGAGGCACCAGAACUAGGCCUGAGGCACGGCCUCCCCCGCCCCACACAGACUGCGAUCGAAGGCCAGGCGCCCGGCCACCCCCUCUGCCUUUGACGCCUGGCGAUGCCCAGGAAGGCAGGCUGGGCUGGCAACAGAAAAAGGCCCCCUCCACAGAUGGGGCUCUCCAGGAAACACCUCUCUCUUUCUGCCUCCAUGGAACGUGCUGAGUCCUGACCAAGACCUCCGUGGAAAGCAGGGGCUGUAGAACCACCGCAGGAGGCCGUGCAAGUCACGUGGAAUAUCCCAGGCCUUGGCUUGCUUGAAAGAUCAAAGCAGCAGGACUUAAAACUCUGGCUUAAAGUGUGCUAUGUUUCUGCAGCUGAGGGGGGGGGGUGGAGAAACGGUCUAACAUUUUGCACCUAAAGCUUCCUUCAUCGAGAGAAAGACUUGGAAGUGAAGUUUGUUCUUUUGCCAAAACCUCUUAAGCGUCCACCCACAACCUUCUGGCCUGCCUUGGAGUUGAAUGGAAGGUGAUCUCCCUGGGGGGCCCCUCGGCCUCGCAAACCUGCACUGAGCAUCUGCCCUCUGCGUCCAGAGAAGGAAAGCAGCUGCAAUAACACCUUCCUUCCCCCCCCCUUUCCUUGUGCUGCACCAAAUGGACGGCCUGGACAGACCAGGCAGAAAGUGGGGACCGUUCCAGGCAGAGCAAAGGGGACCUUCCCCUACCUCACUUUCACAGCCGUGGCAAACGCUGCUGGCUAUUCUAACACCGCAAGGACAGCAGGAAGGAAGUAGAGAACAAAUCCUCCCAGGAAUCUCUAAGGGAGCCCCCCCCCCC